AUGUCAGUAGGGGAUUCUCAGAAAUCCACCAAUGCGCCCCCCAAGUCUAGUCCGUGCCACAUGUCGGAUGACGAUGACCAGUACCAGCAGCCACGCCGCCGCAAGUCCCCGCACAUGAACGAUGAUGACGACGACGACGACGACGACUGGCAACUGCCCCGCCAGUACCUGAGCAUGGACGAUGACAAUGAUGACAACGACGAGCAGCCGCCCCACAAGGAGUCUGCACGCACAUCGGACAUUGUCGACAAUCACGAGCGCCGCCGCAAGCUCUCGUGCACGAAUAACAAGCGGCGCAAACAACCACGCCACGACACCAUGGUAUCCAGCGACGACGAUGAGCGGCCGCCCUGUAAGUCCGCACGCACAGACAUUGUCGACAGUCACGAGCGCCGCUGCAAGCCCUCGCGCGCGGAUAACAAGCAGCGCAAGCAACCACGCCAGGACGCCACGGCAUCCAGUGACAACGACAAGCGGCCGCCCCACAACAAACGUCGCAAGCAACCAUACCGCAACGCCGCAUCUAGCAAUGAAGACGAGCAGCCACACCGCGAGUCCCCCGGUGAUGACGAUAACGAAGAGCGGCAUGUCAAGUCACCACCUAGGAGCUCUGUCAAGCGUCACUCAAGAGCUAACGAGGAGCCUCUGUUCGUGGAUUUGUCGGACAACGGAGAGCCUGUCCCAAAGAAGCGCAAGACUCGCAAACGAGACUCGACGAAAUCUUCUAAACGUAACAAACUUCGUGAAGAUGAUAGUAGCCAAAGCCUCGACAUCGUUGGCACGCAUCUUGCCAAGCUACCACUCACCAAACAACCUCCCCGGUUGAGACAACUUCUCGACGCUGCAAAUAAGGAGGCCCUCAAGUUCAUCCUCUUUACGAACACGUUCCCUGCCGGACCUGAGAAGAACGGCAUCAUCAUUCACCAAAUUCUCAUCAAAUGUGCUGAAUCGCUCGACGACACCCAACUUGCGAAGAUGAUCAAGCGCGAUAUGGAGUAUUCGGAUCACCUCGUCUCCGUACCGUCACAGCGAAUCUCUCUCUUACGCAAGGACGUCAAGGAGGCGGCGCAAGCUCACGAUGUCGGAGUGGUCUUUGGCGUCAAGGCGGAGGAUAUCAUCAAGAUUCUCUGGUUGCAGGCGGAAGACAGAUUCGUCUAUCCGUGCGAUUUUGAGAAUGACCACGUUAGCAGCAAAUUGUUCACCAAUCCGCUCUGGGCGAGCCUGCUCCGCAUAUGCUUCUUCCAGAAGUCACGUCUUCUCGGUAACGUCUUCAACAAUCUCAUGUCCUCGUCGCUCCCAAGCAAGCCAGACGAGAAAGAAAUCCCUGCUCCGAUGCUCGCAUUGAUUGCAACCGCGGUGUACUAUGCUCUUGACGACUUGCGACUCUCCGAGAGCCCCAAUUUCUCCACUGACAGCUACGCAUGCAAGUAUAGAGACAUUAUCGGCAUCCUCUCUGAUCUGCGAGAUGAAGGCCCGAAUCAGUAUCACACCCUCAUGCAUCGUUUGUAUAACAAAGCGCAGAGCUCACGGCCAACAGCGUCUUCUAGUGCAAAGACGGGCCCUUCUCGACGCAACAAGUUCCUGAACAUUGCCGCCAUGGAUGUCUAG